AUGCUGACGGCUGUGGAGUUCUUUGAGUUCGUCUUGCUGCUGCUGGCUUUGUGUCAGCUACAAGGUGUACCGUGGGAUUACUUGCUCAAUGAGUUGGUCUUCUUGCGUCAACUGACUCCGCUGCUGAUGUUGGACAAUCUCCAUGAAGAUCUCGAGACCAUAGUGUAUGCGGACGGCUGUCGCGCUUGGCGCAAAGCUGCAGACGAUGCUGGGUUUGAUUUCCAAGAAGCCAAGUUGCUCGAACUGCUGGUGGCAGCCUCACCGGAGCGGCAGAAGGAGGACACCUCGGCGGAGCAGCUCCGUCGCUCGAUGGCCGUCGUGCAGGAGCUCCUUGGGGAAGCGGAGCGCCUCACUGGACGCACGGCGGAGCAGCUGCAGCGUAGCCUGAAGGCGGACGUCGAGCGUGGCAGGAGGUCCUUCCAGUUGGGUACUGGAGUGGGGUCCGUUCGUUCAGGCGAGCGUGGCGGAGCCCGAGCUCCGGAUGUGACCGGCAACCGCGUCGGAGGGGAAACAGGCGGUGGCGCCCCCCUGCCUGAGCAGUUGCGCGCCGUGCCCCAAUUCCGCGCCGAGCAUGGGCUGCCCAGUGAUCGCCGAACGUCGAACGAGAAGGGGCGGUUGAAGGUCAAGGCGUGCGACGUGGUUUCAGCGGGUGGCUUCAUGGGGCGCUUCCUGUGCUUCCACGGCAAGGGCAGUUCGGGCGCUCUCUUACGUGAGCGGCUCUCACCCCUGGCGAGGGAGGUGGACUUGGUUUGUGUGGAUGCUCCACAUCGCUUGGGCGAUGGCUAUGCCUGGUGGCAUUUGCCGCCCGGGGAGCGUUCCUUUACCACCCCAGUCUUUGAUGGCUGGGCUGAGACCGUGGAGUAUGUCCGCAAAGUUUGGGCCGAGCAGGGCCCUUUUGAUGGUAUGCUGGGCUUCUCCCAAGGCGCAAUUCUGAUCGCUGCACUGGUGGCUUUGGGCGAGCUGCGUCCUGGGCAGCCGCUGGCCUCAUGUCGUCGCUUGGUGCUCUGUGGCGCUGCCUUGCCGGGGCCGUUCCGCUCUGAGUUGGCAGAUUUGCGUGCAAAGCCUUGCCAUGGCAUCUCAGCGCUCCACACCAUCGGUCGCCAGGAUGACAUCAACCCACCGGAGCAGGCGCGCGAGGUGGCGGCGGCUGUCGGGGGGGAGAUCUUUGAGUUUGAGGGCACGCACGAGGUGCCCAUGGACGAGGCGGCCAUGAGCGCUUAUCGCCGCUUGCUGGGAGGAGCGGCGCUCUACGUCUAUCGACAUGUUCAGUGCCGCGACUUGGCUCCGAUCCUGGGCGAUGUGCUGCGGAAGCGCCGCUGCCCUGAAGUUCUCGUGGACUACUCAUGUGGCCAUAGCUGUCAGCCCGAGGUCCACUUGCCAGCCUUCCUGGCCGACAAGAAGGAUGCACGCAUGGCCUCGAGGGCCCUGCGCUUGGCCGUGAAGAGCGGAGCGGUGCCACCGGGCGAGGAGGGUGUCGUCCGGAUCGAGGCCCAGGGUCGGAGCCGCCGUGGUCGUUACAGUGUGGCAACACCUAGGGGUUCUUAA